CUUACACAAUUUGAUAGUUUGUUUACGUCCGUCGUGAAGUUACUGUCAGUAAAUACAAGCAGUAAUGAAUGAACUAAUUAAAUUCACAUAUUACAUUGUUUAAUUGCCGAAUUAUGUCGUGUGCUGGUUCAGAAUCUGUCCAUAUAUCCAAUAAUGUACAACGAAUAAAAACUGGGUUUUUAAAAAGAUACAACAAUGGAUUUUUUUCAUCUGGUUGGAAACAAGAACAUAUAGUUUUAUAUCAGGAUAGUACUUUAGCAUGGUUUGAAAAUCGAGCUAGCUUUGAACCAAAGGGUGGUGUCAAUUUAAAGAAUGUAUGUAAGUUCCUAGCAGUUGGUCGAUUUAGUCAGAAUGUGCCGAAUAGGCCAGAAUUGCCUAAUGGUGGUCGAAUAACUAACCUGAUUGCCUUUCCAAAGGAGCCAAAUAAAAAAGCAGAAGUUGUCUGGCUUCUUUGUGCCGAUGAAGGUGAACUAAAUUCAUGGAUGCAAGCUAUCACUAGUACUCUUCCACCACCACCCCGUCCUCCUCAACAAGGACCAGGUGCACCACCAGCUUAUCCAGGACCUCCACAGGGUGGACCUCCACCACCAGGUUUUAAUCCAGCAGUUACACACGGCCAGCCUCAAUACCCUCCACAACAAGGACAGUAUCCACCUCCACAACAAGGACAGUAUCCACAACAACAACAAGGACAGUAUCCACAACAACAACAGGUCAGAUAUCAAGGUCAACCACAAAGACAACAAGGAGCACCAGGUACUACUGUAGUAGUUCAGGGUGAUAGGAGAAGCAGGCGAUCUUCAGGCGAUGGCUUCACAACAGGACUGCUGGUUGGAGGUGCCUUAGGAUAUGGGAUGGGUCGUCCAAUGGGCUGGGGAUAUGGGGGAUACGGCUAUGGUGGAUGGGGUGGAGGAUAUGGUGGCUGGGGAGGGGGAUACCAUGAUCAUGGGGAUAACGUCACUGUUAAUAACUAUAGUAAUACGGAAAAUACAAACAUUGAAAACAAUGAAUAUAAUGAAUCAAAUGUAGAAAAUAAUUAUGGUGAUGGGGGUGGAUAUGGGGAUGGAGGAGGGUAUGGGGAUGGUGGGGGAUAUGGAGAUGGUGGGGGAUAUGGAGACAGUGGGGGGUAUGGAGAUGGUGGUUAUGACUAUGGGGGAGAUAAUGGAGGAUAUGAUGGUGGAUACGAUGGUGGAUAUGAUGAUGGUGGCUACGAUGAUGGCGGCUACGAUGAUGGUGGGGGUUUCGACGGAGGAGAUUUUGUUGGCGGAGACUGUGGUGAUUAA